AGCACAAAGUGAAGAGUGUGGGUGACUGGUGAUUCAUCACAAUGAUCUGGUACUUUAUUUAACAUUCACGCAGACAACAUUAACAGGUCAUUUCAGAGAAUCUGUCAAAUAAAAUGGAAGCGCUCGAAACGUCUACCAUAGCAAUCUCUCCAGUCGUUAUUUAAAGGAGCCAGAUGCCUUUCACAUGAAGUGUUCUGUGGGACCGAGCUGGGUUACCUUUAACUUGAUUGUUCUUCUAUGGGGUAGAGCAGCAGGAAUAGAAAUUUGCACUGAGGGUGCUGCUUUCUCUGUGCCUGGGCAGGUAGUCCAGCUAGGAACAAACGUCACAGUAUACUGCACCUUCAAAAAGUCUACUAAUGGAUGCAGAACAGCAAUUUACCAGGAUUCAAAUGAGAUACGCGAUCGUCACCAAUACAAUUCCUCUACCAUUUAUUUGGAGAUUGCAAACUUGCAGAAGCACAAGGUGGCGUUUGCCUGUAAAACAGAGUGCAAUUCGUUCUCACGCUUGAUCUGUGGGAUUGAUAUUAAAGCUGGAUACCCACCUGACCCCCCCCAGAACCUGACCUGCACUCAGAAUGGACAGCUCGGGGAUGUCACAUGCACUUGGGACAAAGGAAGGGAGCCUUACAUUAAAACCAGCUUUCACUUAAGGAUGAAGAAUAAGACUCAUGAUUUGAAUGGGAUCUGUGAUGACCCUGGCUCUGGAUCUGUGUCUUUUCAUACGCUCAAUGCAGAAUCUGUCUACACAGUCUGGGUUACAUCUUCAAACGCACUGGGAAGUGCAUCUUCCCCACCUCUUAACAUCACACUCAAUGACAUAGUGAAGCCCCAUCCUCCGGUCAUCACUUUGUUUAACUGUGCCUCCUCUGAUUGCACGCUGCACUGGGAGGCUGCACAGAACUGCCAGCUCCUGGAGGUCAGGGACCAGCCCCUGAGCCACAGCACCUGGAAACAUCACACUUUGAACGUGACAGUCGACAGAUUCAUUCUGCCUGGUCUGCAGCCCUUUACAGAUUAUCAGUUCCAAGUGAGGUGCAAGCUGAGCCACACUAAAGGCAUGUGGAGUGAGUGGAGUGAGCCAUUCACUAACAAAACACCGGAAGCCGUGCCUAUAAAAGAGCUGGAUAUUUGGUUUGUGAUGGAAACCCCAGACCCAAACUCCCUCACCCUUGUUUGGAAGAAGCUGAGCCAGUCUGAAGCAAGAGGACAAAUCCUGGGGUACAAAGUGACGUCUCCUUUUCCAUGUAAGGACAAGAUCACUGUAGUCCUGCCAGACUCCGAGAACCACCUCACCGUGACCAGCUCUCACUGCAACCUUACACUGUCAGCCUAUAACUCCAGAGGAAACUCCCCUCCUACAAACAUCAGCAUACCUUUCCAGACAGGUUUUCCUGCACCAGGAAAUGUAACCUGCGUGCGUCACUCUAACGACAGCAUUGUGGUUAAAUGGAGGCCUCCAGUAAACACAGCCCUGGCUUUACAAGGAUAUGUAGUGGAGUGGUCUCCUACCCAGGAUAAACUGGACCUCAGCUGGACAAGACUCCCUCAUGACAAGCUUUCUACGGUCAUAUCAGCGAUGAAACCCUAUGUUUGCUAUAAAGUUAUGGUGAAUGCACUUUAUGAUGAAGGUGUUGGGAAGGCUGGAUUUGUGCAUGCAUACGUUAAACAAUUAGCUCCAACAGAAGGCCCCACGCCAUCUAUAAAACACAUGAGCAGUACAAUGGUAACUGUGCACUGGCAGCAACUUCCAGUGGAACACCGCAAGGGCUGCAUAAGCAGCUACAGCAUUUACUUGAAAAGUCUCAACUCAGCGCACCUCCUAGUGCAUGGACUUAUUGAUGCCUCGCACACUAACUAUACAAUCAAUGGGCUGAAGCCUGGGGCCACCUACCAGGCUUGGAUGACUGCUUCAACUGCUGCUGGCGAGGGACCGAAGAGGGAGUUUGAAUUUACUGUCACUCCAGAAGAAAACCCGCUUGUGUUGUCUUUGACGGGUGCCGCAUUAAUUUUCUUUCUGGUUUGGCUGGCUUUGGUGUGUAUUUGCUGUAACUCAGCAGUAAAUCAAAGGAUGACACUUCUCUGUUCCCGCUUCACACCUCAGUGGUACACGGGUCACGUUCCAGACCCUGCCAAUUGCAAAUGGGCUCAAGAAUACGCUGCUGUAAAGGGGCAGAUGAAGCUAGUUUACGACCUGCAUCUGAGUGACUCCCUGUCCAGCUGUGACGAGCCUGACACUCUUGAAGUCGAGGAGGUGUCCGAGGAGAGCGAUUCAGCCCCCGAAGACCUCGUCAGUGACAAUGGAACCGGUGCUCCAGCAGAGGAAAAGCAAGCAGGCAAGCCAACCAUGCUGCCAUGGUGCAGACCAGAGGAUCUGGCAAUAUAUAAACACCACCUGCCUGGCGCAUAUAUCCAAAGUGUGUCACAGGCGUCUGACAUUAGCGUGCAGACACCAGAAUCCUGUAACACUGAGAUUACUGUGGAUUACAUACCUUCCAACGUGUUACACAUGGGCUCCAGCAAAGAGGAAACCUGCAACUUCUUUGAUGACUUUGCCCCUUCUUUCCCCAGAAGCCCGUUCUCAAAACCUGAAGGGACACUCACUUUGGAUGCAGUGAAAAUAAACUGCAGUUCUUUCCUGGAUUGAACUACCUCACCUUCUGUUAUACUGUAAUUAAAUUGUACUAACUAGAAAUCAUGCACAGCCUGCAUUGCAAAUUAAUAAUGGUGUUAUUUUUGCUUUAUAACAAUGCACUAAAAUCAUGCAGUGAUGUGUGUGUGCAAAGAGGAAAACUGUAAGACAUAAAAGGAUAGCAAAUAAAUGCAUGUUGCUGGUGCAUAGCAUGGUGAAUUGACUGUUCCAACCAGGGACAGUCCCAUAAAUGCUAACCACGAAAUGUGGAUGCAACACCUUUUAAUCACUUCUUUAUAGGAAUCAGCUACUUGGGAUACAGCCAAUAAGAGGCUGAAUAUUGAUCACAGCAAUGUCAGGUAGUAAGAUUUUACAAAAAAAAUUAAAAGUUGCUACAUGCUGCAAAAUUGUCAUACAACAGAUUUUUAACGAUGUUUAACUUUUAAACUGUUAUUUUAUAU